AUGCCACAAAGGGAAACUGCAGCGAAACAUCGAGGCCGCGGAAAGCGGCCCCUUCUUAGCCCGCAUGCGCACUGCUGUAAUGUGCUGAAGUUGUCGUGUGCUGUCGAGUCGAGCCCAGCCUGGAUCGCUCCAAGUUAG